AGGAGGUGGACGGUAGGACAUUGCUGGCCAAAGGUUCGCGACUCGAGUAAGUACUCGAGUCGCGAACCUUUGGCAUCAAUGAAGAUUUGCUCGGCCUCAAUGGAAAUUUGCUCGAGCAAUGUACUCCUCUCCACCUCGACCUGCACGGAGAUGAUUUUGUCAUUGUUGACACUGCUGCAUCGCCUCUUACGGUCGUCUGGCGACGCUAAGAGGCGACUAAAUCCUUCCAAGCCCGAGAGAUUGGUGGGCCAGACUCCCGCGAACGAGUUGUGCGACAAGUCGAGCACUUGAAGCUUUGGAAGCUUCCAAAUCCAGCCGGGCACGCUGCCGCCGAAUUUGUUGGAUGAUAGUACCAAAACUCGCAAAUCGCUUAGCACUGGCUGAGAGUACUCGUAGUUGUCAGGGAGCUCGCCUGAGAAUCCGUUGCUGCUCAGGUCCAGGAGCUUCAGAUCCGUGCAGUUGUACACGCUCACAGGAAACCCUCCGCCCAGCUGGUUCCUGUUGACAGAGAAGCUCUCGAGGGAUCGCAGCUGCAAGAAGUCAAUCUGAGUCACUGUGCCCGUGAGCUUAUUGUUGCUGAGCCUGAUGCUUCUCAGCGAGCUGCAGUUCGCCAGAGACGCGGGAAUGCUUCCCGUGAGGUUGUUGCUGUGGAGGAUGAGUUUCACCAUCUUCUGCAGUCGCCCCAGCUCUGGAGGGAUUCUGCCCGUCAGCGCGUUGUUAUGCAGGCCCAAGUACUCCAAAGUCUCCAGAACUCCGAAAUCCGGGGGAAUAUCUCCUGUCAGAGAAUUGUUGCUCAGAUUGACCUGUACGAUGCUCUUCAGGUCGGCCAAGCUCGUGGGUAUGGGCCCCGACAGCCCGUUAUUGUGCAGGAAGAGGAACUUCAACUUCGGCAGCUUGCCGAGCUCGGCGGGAAUGGGGCCUCGGAAGUCGUUGUCGUUCAGGAGCAAGUAGCUGGUGCCGAGGUUCAUGUCCGAGAGCAGCGAGAGGUUUCUCAGCGGGUCCAGCGUGCCCGUGAGCCUGUUGUUCGCUGCGUUCAGCAGAACGAGCAGCGAGAGGUUUCUCAGCGGGUCCAGCGUGCCCGUGAGAUUGUUGUUCGCUGCAUCCAACAGACCGAGCAGCGAGAGGUUUCUCAGCGGGUCCAGCGUGCCCGUGAGCAUGUUGUUCGCUGCGUCCAGCAGAACGAGCAGCGAGAGGUUUCUCAGCGGGUUCAGCGUGCCCGUGAGAUAGUUGUCUGCUGCGUCCAGCAGAAAGAGCUGCGUGCAGUUGGUGAGGCUUUCGGGCAAUUCCCCGUUCAGCCCGUUGCUGCGGAAGCUGAACUCUCGGAGGUUGGCCAGCCGCCCCAGGUUCUCGGGGAGGCCACCGGUGAACUCAUUGUUGAACAUGUAGAACUUCGUCAGCGCCGUCAUGGCCGUCACAGCUGCGGGGAAGAAGCCACCAAAUUCGUUCCCGUCGAUGAAGAGCUUUUCGAGCCGACUCCAUGAGGUGGAUUCAACUGUCAGAAAACUCCCCCCCAGGAAGUUGGUCCCCACAUUCAGGAAUUCGAGCUCCGACAGCGACGCCAGCUCCACGGGGAAAUUUCCCUCCAGGGCAUUGUUUCCCAAGUUCAGGAACUUGAUCUUCGUCAGGUUGCCCAGCUCGGAUGGGAUGGAGCCUGUGAAAUUGUUCUGCUCGAAGCUCAGAUACUCCAGAUUGACGAGCUGGCCGUACUCUCUCGGAAUUGGACCCGUCAGAUUGUUGUUGCCGAAGAAAUCCAAGUACCACAGCUUCGUGCAGUUGGCGAUGGACUUGGGAAUGGGGCCUCUCAUCUUGUUCGACCGGUAAGGGUAGUAGUCCUGCUUGGCGUCGAAAUUGAAGAGCGUGCCCAGGGCCAGAACCUCGAGCUCAGAGAGCAGACCCAGCUCCUCCGGAAUGGACCCAUUGAAGAACCAGCCCUGCACUCCGAUGUUGAGAACCCGUAAGCUGGACAUGUUGCCGUACUCUGCAGGAACUCCACCGAAGAGAACAUUGUCAUGGACGUUCAAGGUCUGCAGCCUCUGCAGCCGGCCCCAUUCCACGGGAAGCUCGCUCAACAGGAAAUUGUGGCUCAGAUCGAGGUCCUCAAGGUAUUCGAGCUUGCUCAACGAAGGACCCAAAGUGCCGUUCAUCUUCAGCCCGGAGAAGUUGAGGGAGAUCACGUGCAGCUCAUCGUCGCAGAUGACCCUCGUCCACGAGCAGUAGGUGGAGCGAUUCCCCGUUGUCCAUCCAUCCAAAGCAUUGUCCGUGUAGUUUUCGAUUUCGGCCUUGAAUUGCAGGAGUGCAUCGGCCUCCCUGGGACAGUGGCAACCCAUUCGACUUGUAUGGCGUUAGAGAUGAAUUACUCAUGCGUGCGCAUUGCUGUGCACAUGCUCGGACGAAGGACGCAAGCGACAAGUGCAAAAUUAUGCACGUCUCUAUGAGAUGAUUGCUUGGUGCUAAAUGUCACUGACCCGAAGCUGUCUUGGAGCAAAGUGCGAGAUAUUCUUCGGGAGUGUGUAGAUUCCUCCAGAGAACCAUGGUGAGGCUCGUGACGAGUCGUUAACGAAGUAUCGACGGCUUCGUCCUGAAGUCUAAACUGCUGCAGCUCUCGCUGGCUGCUGGGACCGCCGUGUGCUUGUUGCUGGCCCAUAUGCGCUUCGAUGGAGGCCGCCGGAGGAAGCCCACUCUCGAUGUUGAUGCUGCCAUGCUCGUUCCCGGCCGAUUCUGUACGUGCAUCGAUAUCUGGAUCCUGGAGAGUCUCAACAAGAGUCUCGAUUCUGCUUAUUUCUCCGAAGGUGUUGUCCUCUUGAUCAACGGCGCAAGCACCGAGCUGGAGGCAACAUAGCACCAGAAUCAACAGCAUCCUGAAGCGUUCGCAGAUAGCGGGCAGAUCAGGAGAGGAGACUACCGAUGCCCGUCCUGGAGAUCGUCCGAGGAAGUGCAUCGUGUCCACCUCCAGAAUAAUAUAAAACUCAAUUCUUCUUGUACUCUUCAAUCUCCAUGAAUUGUAUAAUUUCGAGACAGCUGCCUAGCCAGCAGUGAACGACGCUGAGAACUACAACAUG